AUGGAACCACUGAAACAAAGCAGAGAGGAAAUGGCUUCUUCAUUUUCUCCGACCACAUUAUCAUCCAAACAAGAGAAACAAGGACUGGGUUGGAUGGAAUGGCUCGGAGGGUGGUCUCAUUUAAUCUACGAAGUACUCUUUCAGAAAAUCACAUCAAUCCAUCUUCAAACUCCAUUGCCAUUGCCUCCACUCAACGUCGUCACCUUCAUUGUUACCGGAUCCACCAGUGGAAUUGGGCUCGAAAUAGCCAAGCAAUUGGCAGAGUCAGGAGCACAUGUUGUUAUGGCAGUGAGAAACCCUAGUGCAGCCCAUAAUUUAAUCCAGAAGUGGGAGACCAAUAGGUCCAAUACGAGCCUCCUCAAUGUCGUUGUAAUGGAGCUUAAUCUUCUAUCUUUAGAAUCUGUUGUGAAGUUUGCAGAAGCAUGGAAUUCACUUUCAAAACCCUUACAUGUUCUAAUCAACAACCCGGGAAUCUAUUCCAUUGGGGAGGCUCAGAGGUUUUCAAAUGAUGGAUAUGAAACGCAUGUGCAAGUGAACCAUUUUGGUCCAUCAUUGCUUUCAAUAUUGCUUUUGCCAUCACUCAAAAGAGGCGCUCCAAGCCGGAUCAUCAAUGUGAACUCUGUCAUGCAUUUCAUCGGCUUUGUUGACACGAAUGACAUGAACUUUGUUUCGGGGAGAAGGAAAUUCACAAGCUUAGAAGGGUACUCGAGUAGUAAGCUAGCACAACUCAUGUUUAGCAGUGCCCUGCAGAAGCACUUGCCUAGUGAAGCCGGUAUUAGUGUAGUAUGCGUAGAGCCUGGAAGUGUACACACAAAUGUUGCUAGGGACUUGCCUAAGAUUGUGCAAAUUGCUUAUCAUCUGAUACCAUUUUUCCUAUUUAAUGCUCUGGAGGGUUCAAGAAGUGCGGUUUUCGCAGCUACUGAUGUUGAGAUUCCUAAGUACUGUGCCAAAUUGAAGGCUGAGGAGUGGCCUGUCUGUGCUUUUAUCUCCUAUAACUGUCGUCCGAUGAGUCCUUCAAAAGAAGCACAUAAUGUGAGCACAUCUCAGAUGGUUUGGGAGAAGACACUUGAUAUGGUUGGCCUUCCUUCUGAUGCUGUGGAGAAGCUUUUACAAGGAAAAGAGAUUCAAUGCCAGAAUGGGACUUCCCUUAAUUAG